AGAACCUCCUCCCUCCCCCCUCGCCCCCCUCCCGGGUUCCAGGGAGGACAAAAGGCGGCGAUGGCGGCGGCGGCUUCUCUGGGGCGGAGAGCCCUGCUCGGGUCGUGGCUGCUCCUGGCGGUCCAGGUCUCCUGUGAGUUUGGCAUGGUCCGCGUCUUUUCCGAGAAGGGGAGUUCCAAGGGGAAGGACUACUGCAUUCUCUUCAACUCCCAGUGGGCUCAUCUGCCCCAUGACCUGGGCAAGGCGUCUCUGCUGCAGCUGCAGGACCAGACGGUCUCCGUCCUGUGUGCUCCUUCAGAUGUCCCUGACGGCGGCUUCAGCAGCACCAUCCCCAUGGUCAUGCGGGGCAACUGCACCUUCUAUGAGAAAGUCCGCCUGGCCCAGAUCAACGGGGCAAGGGGGCUGCUGAUUGUCAGUCGAGAGAGGCUGGUCCCGCCGGCCGGCAAUCGCAGUCAGUAUGAGGAGAUCGACAUCCCGGUGGCUCUGCUGAGCUACGCGGACAUGCUGGAUAUUGGCAGGAGCUUUGGGCCCUCGGUCAAGGUGGCCAUGUAUGCCCCCAAUGAGCCAGUCUUGGACUACAACAUGGUGAUCAUCUUCGUGAUGGCUGUGGGGACGGUGGCUGUCGGAGGCUACUGGGCAGGGAGCAGAGAUGUCAAGAAGCGGUACAUGAAGCACAAACGGGACGACGGAAUGGAGAAGCACGAGGACGAGACGGUGGACGUCACCCCCAUCAUGAUCUGCGUCUUUGUGGUCAUGUGCUGCUCGAUGCUCGUCCUGCUCUAUUACUUCUAUGACCACCUAGUGUAUGCCAUCAUUGGGAUUUUCUGCCUGGCGGCUUCCAUCGGCCUCUACAGCUGCCUCUCCCCGUUUGUCCGAAGGUUUCCUCUGGGGAAAUGCAGGGUCCCCGACAACAACCUGCCCUACUUCCACAAGCGCCCCCAAGUGCGUAUGUUGCUCCUGGCUGUCUUCUGCGUCGCCGUCAGCCUGGUCUGGGGCAUCUUCCGCAAUGAGGACCAGUGGGCCUGGAUCCUGCAAGAUGCGCUGGGAAUCGCCUUCUGCCUUUACAUGCUCAAGACCAUCCGCUUGCCCACCUUCAAGGGCUGCACGCUGCUCCUCCUGGUCCUCUUUGUCUAUGACGUCUUCUUCGUUUUCAUCACGCCAUACUUGACGAAGACAGGAGAGAGCAUCAUGGUGGAAGUGGCUGCCGGCCCGACAGACUCCUCCACUCACGAAAAGCUUCCAAUGGUGCUGAAGGUGCCCCGACUCAACUUCUCUCCGCUGGCACUGUGUGACCGACCCUUCUCCCUCCUGGGAUUCGGGGACAUUCUGGUUCCAGGGCUCCUGGUGGCCUACUGCCAUCGCUUUGACAUCCAGGUCCAGUCCUCCCGGGUCUAUUUUGUCGCUUGCACCAUUGCCUACGGCCUGGGCCUCCUGGUGACCUUUGUGGCGCUCGCUCUGAUGCAGAAGGGGCAGCCGGCGCUGCUGUACCUGGUGCCGUCCACCCUCCUCACCAGCUUCGUGGUGGCGCUCUGGCGCAAGGAGCUGCCCAUGUUCUGGACGGGCAGCGGAUUUGCGAAAGACCUACCUCAGCCCCCCUUGGUGAUCUCCCCAGUCAGCUGCCCUGCGGCCCCCAAGGAGGAGACUUCUCCGUCGUCUCGCCCAGAAGCCAAGGACCAACCAGCCACCCCGACUCCCACGGAAGAGAUGGUCGGUGGCGGCAGCCCCCCGGAUGGCGGAGGAGAGGAGUCUGGCUGUGCCCCCUUCCUGGAAAAGGAGCAUGAGGAGGCAGUGGCUGCACAGACUGAGCCCACAGCGGCUUCCCCACAGCCGCCCCAUAUAGAGGAGCCCGGCGCUCGGGAGGACGGGAGAAAGAUCCCCUCUGACUAGGAGACCCCUUUUCGCCCCCAUCCCCCCCUCCCUUCCCCAUCACAGACUAACUUGAGACUAACUACAAGACGGACUCUGCCGCCUUUCGCACCCAGCACUGACGCGCACCACGUCCCUUUGGCCAUCCAGCGCCGGGAAACUGUGUGCAAAGAAGAGGACAGGCGCUUCACUUCUGGCAUCCCCCCCCUUCCCCAAAUAUGGUGCUUAAUGAAGGUCCCGGUUAGAAUUUCAGCGAUAGCUUAAAAGCGAAAUAGCAGAUGCCUUUCCCUUCCUGUUUCAUGAUGCUGGGAUAGUAUUCAGAUAACUUUUCCUAGGAAAACAUAGGCAGUAUUUUGAGCUUGGGGGGGGGGGACAGACUGGGCUGGCGUUGCUUUAGGAUCACUGGGGUGGUGAAGAGAGAAGGGGAGCCCCCACCCCGCUUCCUGCUUUUUUUCUGGCCGUCUCUGGGCUGGAUUCUGUUGCUUCCAAAAGAGAUUCUCUCCCUCCCCCCC